ACCUCAUGUAUCACAAUUUGUUUUUCAGGUAAACUAUAAGUCGCCAUGUCCUACCUGCGAGAAGACGUUCUGGCUAGAGGCCGGGAGGUUUUGAAAACCGUCAACAACGGGCUGUACGAUGGUGUGCCGUAUUCCAGACUGGACACAGUGCAAGACAGUGACAAGAUGUUCGAAAUGAUCCAGAACGCGAACUUGGGCGAAGGUGACAUCAUGUCAUCCGGGUUUCUCCGCUCCGGAAACCACUGGGUGUUUGAGAUUGUGGGCCACAUCAUGAAGCAGGAGAUGCGUGACGAUAGAGACGAUCAAAUGUUCAGAACCCUGGAGUUUAUGGGAGCUGAGGCAGAGUCCAGGAUAAACAGCCUCCCCUCCCCUAAAGUGAUUACGUCACACAUGAGAAUGACGCAUCUGCCGAAGAAAAUUCGAGAAGGAAAAGUCAAGUUGAUCUACGUGAUGAGGAACCCGAAAGAUGCGAUGACGUCAUGGUAUCGUCUCCUCAACGAAACCAAAAUAGCCGCUGAUGGGUUUCAUGGGACCUGGGAGGAAUUCUUGGAAGUUUCGUAUUCGGGAGAGAUCCAGUGGGGUUCCUGGUUUGACCACAUCCUGACGGCGGAGAAGUUCAUGCAGGAUUACCCGGACUGCCCAGUGCACAUCGUGCAGUACGAGAUGCUGAAAGAAGACCCAGUGAGAGAAAUCAAAGCCUUGUGCGAAUUCCUCGGCCGAACCGACGUGGACGUAGAACAGCUUGCUCUCGCAACAAGCUUCGCCAAAAUGAAAGAGAAGAGAGGAGCUGCCAUUCAGCACACAGAGUCGCUUCUGAAGGACGGCUGUGCGGGCAUGAUGGUCAAGGGAACGAUUGGUGGCUGGCGCGAACGGUUUACUGUUGAGCAGAGCGAAAGGUUUGAUAGGAUAUUUGAUUUGAAGAUGGCGGGUAGCAAGUUAGCAGAGAGGUUCAGAAAAUAUAUGUAAACAAACAAAAGACUAAUGUUUUAUAAGAUGGGCAACUCCUGAAUUUGUGGGUGGUUGGAGGGUGUCACUGUUAAAUUUUACUUCUUGACUCCUUCAUCCAGGGUGGGCCGUUAAGGUGAAAUCAUUUGGCUACUUUGCUUUUUUCUAGGUCUUACUUUUAGAAGAUGUUCUCAUGUCGACGAUCUUCUUUAUAUGCAAACUAGAACAAGAGAUCAUGAUUUUUAUUAACGAAAAUUGCCUGGAACGGUAAUUCUAGGGAGAAGGCUGUCAUUUAUACAAAAAGUCAGAGACGAGGGUUGUUAAAAAGGAUAAAUACAAUAAUCUCUCUUUUUAUGAUACCGAACAAAACGUUCUCAUCAAUGCUGGUGUCGACAGCCACUGUAUAAUAUCCUAAAAUGUAUACAUGGAAGUUUUUAAAAUAUUUUAUCAUUUUUAGUUUAACACUUUGCAGUCACACAGCCAGCAGUACAAAAAUACCCCAUCUGGUCACCCAGCCAUGAGAGCGACUGCAACCGACUUCUUGAGCGCCAGGUGACCGGAACAGAUAAUUUCACCGGCGCAUUAUUGCGCCAAGUGACCGAAAAGUGUUAAGUAAGAAUGGUGUACAUAUAUAGAUGUCCUGUGUGCACGCUUUGAAUGUAAUCAGUCUGAGAGACGCAUUUGGCUUACUGAAUUGUGUUCUUUUUGAUGAUGAUAAUGCAGACUUGUACUUAAUAUACUUGAUGUACACUACAGUACACUGUUAUAUAAUAUGCACAUAAUGUAACACAUUUGUAUGUAUAAAUCCACCAACAGACAGUUUCACAGAGGUUCAUUUCCAGAUCCCUGCAGUGCAGCUCCCAUUUUCAUUAAUCUAUUUUUAUUUAUUUAUUUCAAUUUUUAAAAUUUUUAUUAUUUAUUUUAGUUUAGGUUAUCUUGACUUGCUCAGGGUGUCCCCUGGGACUGCGACUACCCAUUAAAAAGGCGCAUCGCAGAUGUUGCUUCACACUCAACAUUAGAGUUCCGCUCCCCCCCCAAAAAAACAACAAGUUAAAACAAAAUAUUUUUAAAAAUUUAAUCGCUCAACCGUGUGUUUUCAAUGUUUUGAGUAACCUUUCACCAUGCAUCAACCAUACAUUGUCUAUCGCAGAGCAAAUCUUUAAUCAUGUGCACUGAUACAUGUAGUAUGUAGUCACAUUGCUGAUUUAUCAAGGCCAAAACGAACGCAGCAACAGCAUAAUAUUAUUAUAAUCGCAACUACAACCUUUUACUCUUACUUUUCCUAACCCGAGACCAAAUAGUGUACCAUAGAACGUAUUAUUCCGGAAAACCCCGAAAGCACCUGCGGUCUCAGGGGUCCUGGAUAAUGAUCAAUAAUUUGUGUUCCCACUUCCAGUCCAUGUGAAGCGGGUAAGCUGGGCAAAACAGUGUGUAGGCUGCUGUGUUACUUCCUACAUAACAUAGACGGCAAAGCACUCAGCUUUUCGUUACAUUGUUGUCAGUAUACUAGGCCCAUCUGAAAAAAAUAAAUUUUGGGGGCUUUUUUUUGGGGGGGGGGGGAUUGUUAAUGUAUAAGCAUUGUCCCAGUAUAUCGAUUUGUAUUAUUAUAUUUGAGUCUAAUAUUUCAGGGUUCUGAUUUUCUUUUAAGAAUGAACCUUGCAUUGUUCUUGAAUGUUGGUUUAUAAUAAAACUAUUUGUAAAUUA